GUAGGUAAAGUAAAGUGACUAUGUAAUAGUCCGGGUGGCUGUUUGAUUACUGUAUGUGUUGCAGAGUUAUAUAUCGCUUAUGGAAUUGGCUGCCAGGGUGAUGAAGCUGAAGAUAAAGCUCCAAGAGCCAGCGAAGAGGAGAGACUUUAUACAAAACACUUGUCUUCAGGGGGUGCGUCACAAGAGAGAUGGGGUGGCAUGGACUCCCGUGACUACAUCCGCAUGCGGUAUGAGAAGAGGCUGGAGGACAGGUCUGGAGGACAAGAUCAGCCAAUCGGCAACUUUGAGAAGUUCUAAGGGCGUUGGUCGCCAGGUGAUGGAGAAGCAGGGCUGGAAGGAGGGAAAGGGCCUGGGUAACAGUCGGGCAGGGAUUCCAGAAGCCCUGGAGAAUGAAGGACAGCAUCCCAAAUGCAAGAGAGGCUUUGGGUACCAUGGAGAGAAGCUGAGCUCCUACUUUGUGAAAAGGCCAAACCAGACUUGUGCAUAUCCACGGUGUAUGAUAAACCCAAAGACAUAGACCAAGGAGAUCCCUUAUUGAGACGCCAUCACAAAACGAGCAUGAAGUACAGAGGCCGGCAGCCAGGUAGCAGCAUUGGGCCAAAAAGAUGACAACACUAUUUACAUGUUGAUACAAUUUUUCUUAUUGCUAUUGAUACCUUUUUUCCCAUUAGA